AUGGUUGAAUCAAGAUCCGGGCCAGAAAAAGAUGUGAAAGCGCCCAAUGUAUUUGAUAGGGCUAAUGAAGAGAUUAUGGCGGUAUUUCACCUUGAGAAGCACCCGAAUCACCAUCACAAGGAAACUCAUGGACUGCGUAGUGACCUCAAUGAGGACACAUCCGUGAGUGAUGUCAAGGCUCCAAAUGCAUUUGAAAGAGCAAAGGAGGAAAUUGAGGCCAUUGUGGAGACGAUUCAUCCAAAGAAGGAAUCGAACAGUUACCGUUCAUCUUCACAUGGUGAAAAGAGAAAUGCUGGCUCAGUUGAUCAUUUGGAGUCAAAGAAACCAGAACUUCCUUCAGAGAAGGAUGUCAAGGGACCCAAUCUUUUUGAAUGGGCGAAAGAAGAGAUUGAGUCACUCAUGCACAAAGGGGAGUCACCACACCACCAUUAUAAGGAAACUCAUGGAAUGAGUGAUGAUAUUGACGAGAGUACCCCAAUCAGGUUGCUGCAAAUGAUUGAUUUUGUGGCUUCAAUAAUGCCCCUGUUCGUGUUUUUCCACGGCUUUCUUGAACUGCAUAUAAUGAAGCACCGUAUGGCCUCUACUGGAGGGGAUGAUGAAGGCAUUUGCGGUUCAAUAAAGCUGUGGGAAGAUAUGGAGAGGGUCAAGCAGAAUUUGGUGUCACUAACUGUUGCUACUGAUUUCCUCAUGGAUGGUUCUGGCAAAUUUUCUGUGAAAAUCGGUCUUGAUUUAAUGGAUCCCUUUUCGCAUAUUUUCCCUCCUUCUGCGUCGAUCUUGGCAUUUGGAUACGAGCAGUAA